CUGACUCCAACACAAAACAAGCGAUGAGAAACAGUCUUACCGAGCUAGCUGCUUGUUCCGAUUCUUCUUCUUCUUCUUCUAAACCCCAUUGCCUCUGUCACCAACCCAUUUCUUCGAGUUUUGGUUUUUUUUUUUUUUAGGCCAUUGCAGUAUGGGGAUUGAGAUCAAUUUCUCAGCAUUUUUUGUUUGCGUUUUUUAGAGAGUACUUGGGGAAUCGGAAAUCAUGGGGUCUCUCUCCCUUUUAGUGGGUUGGAUCUUGUACUUACAGAACUGUCACAUCUCUGAUCGUCUCUGGUGAAAAAGCAAGAAACUUCAUGAUCUGUUUCUGUUUUUCCUGAACUUGAUCUGCAGUCUUGUCCCUUUUGCUUCCCAGAUGUACCUUCCUUCAUUCCUUUUGCUUCACAACAUUUAGGACAUGAUAAUCGCGUAACAAGUUGAGGAUUCAGGGUAACUGGUAGGCCCGUAGUUUUCUGAUAUUGUUUCGUUUUCUGGGUUUAACACACAGACAUAUUCUAGAUCAGAUAAUUCAGAUCAAGCUUUCAUGGAAGAGAGGAAGUUCGUGUGCAAGUAUUGCAACAAGAAGUUCCCAUGCGGCAAGUCUCUGGGAGGACACAUCAGAACUCAUAUGAGCAUUGAACAUACAUCACCUCAAUCCAAGGAAGUUAGGAACAAUGCCGAUGAUGGUGUCGUCAAGUUCGAUGGUGGAAGGAAGCGGAAGAGAGAUUUUGGGUCUGAAGAAGCUGCUUCUGGAAACCUCAUUUAUGGUCUCAGAGACAACCCCAAACAAACAACUAGGCUCGCAAGAUCCAACGCUGCUGUACAGAAACAAAGGUUUUGCAAAGAAUGUGGGAAAGGCUUUCUGUCUCUAAAAGCUCUGUGUGGCCACAUGGCUUGUCAUUCGGAGAAAGAUAAAGGGACGACGACCAAGUUUGAGAACAAUUCUGGGUUUAGCGUGAAGCAGAAGAUGUUGAUGAUGGAUAGCCAAUCGGACACAGAGACUUCUGCUCCGAAUUAUCCUAGGAGAUCCGGAAGAAUGAGGUUCAAGACAGUGAAUUCUAAGACAAAUGAUCACCCUUCCUCUGUUCCUCUGGCGAAUGGUUCUUCCCCUGUGUCUGAGGUAGAGCAAGAACAAGAAGAGGUUGCCAGGUGUUUGAUGUUAUUGUCCAAAGACUCUACCUAUAGGGAUCGUUUCGUUUUGCCUACUGAGUCUUGGGACACGAGAAUUACUUCAAAAAAUGGUAAAAAAAGCUCUGUGUCUAAUGGUUUUGAGAUCGUGGAGGACAAGAGGAAGGUGGUGCUGUGUAAGAACAUGAAGUUGAAGUCUGCUGAGAUUGUUGAUUCUGAUAAUUCAGGUUCUGGGUAUUUCAGAAAUGGUCCCAGAAAGUUGGAUUUGGAUGUAACAGUCGAUAAGUAUACCGGGAAUGGAGAAUUCAAGACACCAAAAGUUGCAGACAGGUCUGAGUCUGAGUUUGCUCAGAACUAUGACACUGAAUCUAGGAAGAUGUUAAUCAAGAACAGAGGAACCAGAAGCAUUGAACCCAGAAAACUAAUUUUGGAGGAUAUGGACUGUGAUACAACAGAUAGAGCGACAAAGGAACAAUUCAUCAAUUGGAAAAAGAGAACAAGCUGUAAUUCUCUUUGCCAACAAAAUUCAAUUGGUGUUUCUUGCAAAAAGACACCAAACGGUUUUCACAGUGAGGGAUCAUGGAAGCAAGAGAGCUUAAACAGUGAAAAAACUAUCAGCGGCUCUUAUGAUUCAGCAUAUGAUGAGAGUGACGAGAGCAGUACGGACACAGAUGCUUAUCCUUCUCCAUUGCCUCCUAGCAGCAAGGUCAUCAAUGGAAAGAAGACCAGCAAGUCCAAGAAGAAAUUGAAGUCAAAGAAAAGCAGAGAACAUAGAUGCCCCAUCUGCUACAGAAUUUUCAAGUCAGGCCAAGCAUUAGGUGGUCAUAAAAGGUCUCAUUUUGUUGGAGGUUCUGAAGAGAACACACUAGUGAUCAAACAAGGUUCUCCUGUUGUUCCAUGCCUGAUUGAUCUCAAUCUUCCUGCUCCUGUUGAUUAUUAGGGGAAACUAGCAUCUGGGCUUUGCUUCUUUCAAGAGAAUCUGCUAGCUUGGCGGCUGAAAAUGUCUGGAAAUCUGAGAAUGUUCUUGUCAUUAUGCCAUAUGAUGGAAGAAGCAAUGGAAAUGUACAGACAAAUGGGUGAAUCCUUUUUGGUUUGAAAUCUCAAGGCCUCAUCCAUUAAAUUGGUAGGUGAUAGCUGUUUCUUUCAUGUUAAAGGAACAUGACAAGUUCUUAGUUGAAUUUUUUGUUUCUUCUCCAGGGAUUCUAUUCACUUUCUGCAAUUCUUAAUUCCACCGUUCUUCGAUUCAGUUAAGGAUAUUUGUCCUUUCAUGUUUUCCAGUUCUUAAAUGAUAGGCUUGA